AUGUUCUGAUGUCUUUCCAUAUGAUGGUGAAGGAAAAGUCCCUUGAGCUCUUACAGUUGGAAACUUGAACUAUCUGUGGUCAUUUUGCUCUUAAAUGUCUUUGGUGGAUUUAUCUAAAUCAAUUUUAGGUCACGUAACUUGCAGGUGUCUUGUCAAAAAGCAUCUGCAAGUUACUUAAAAAGAAGUGAAGAGACCACCCCAUCUUGUUCUUUCACUUGAUGUGCAUGAAAGUAUUUAAGAAACAUAAUCAUAGUAUAGGAUGUGAUAUGAUGUGUUUAUCAUUGUUGUCACUUUAAACUUUUUACAGAUGAUAUUGUCUUAUAGCCCCGUUGCUCAAUUUUCCCUUUUUCUGGUUCAGUAGACUGAUUUUCAUCUUGCCGAAGCCUUGGGAUUGCUUAGAAUUCUCAUAGACAAGUUGAAGGAACUUUGGAAUACUCAGAGCAAUUGUUUGAGGAGAACUUUGUUUGCGAAGCUGGAACAGCUCGAGAUGUCGAUGGCCGACUGGUUCUCGAUGGUCUCUCCCUCGGGGGGGAUCAGAUAUGAGUUGCUGGAUCGGGAUGCCCCCACCGCUUGGGUGAUCGAUGUCCCUGGUCACCGGGCGACGUACAGGGGAAGGGUCAUGGAGGACCGGACGGAUGAGCGAGGACGCCUGACGAGAGGAGUGCUACGGCGUAUGGAGCUGAGUUUUGACUUGUCGCCCUCAGUUCACUGUGGACCAGGCACUGGACAUGGACCACCUGCACCACCUCCGACUUCACCUUCUGUUGAGGAGGACCCGGCGGAGACCGAGCCUGCUGUUGCUGCUGCACCUGUUGCGCCACCUCCUGCUACUGCCAUUGCCCCUACCGACGUGACGUCGUCCUCUAGGCUCGUACAGCCGAGGAGGGAGUCUGUUGUCCCAUCUGCCUCACGUCUCUUAUCUUUCUCUUCACCGCACGGCUACCGUGUGGACCCCUUGAUGAGGGUGGUGGAGGAGGAUGUUCUUACAGGAGAGGUGGAUGUGGAGACCGGCUCGACUAGGGCGGUGCGCAGGACAGUGAGGAGGGAGGUUAUGGAUUUGGACACUGAGAUGAUUACGGUGGAUUCCGACUCUGGCUCCGAGAGCAGUGGGGAGAGCUACUCGCCGAGCAGCGAUGAGGAGGAGGAGGAUUGGUGAGCUGAGCUGGGAGGGUAGGUUAGGAUUAGCGACAUUUUUUGUGUAGAGCUCUGAUCGUCAGUUUCUUUUUGGGACAGGGUAGGUUCCGAUGUGUGGCUUUUUGUGUGGUUCUUUUGAGGAGGAUCACAGAGAGUCUGUCGGAGUGUAGGGGUCUUUCUUUCAGGCCAUUUUUGGGUGCCGACUUUCUCUGGAUAACUGUAUUUUGAUACUUUUACUCACAGUUCUGGUUUGUAUAUAUUUGCCUGCGGGCGUACUACUUUGGAGUCACUGCGAGUGCGCGUGACAUGGAGUGCAGCUGAGGCUUUACAUGUGUAUAUAUUGUAUAUCGGUUAGUUUAGUUGUUGGGUUUUGUCUUUACUUCCUUAUCGCUUUGAUUUAAAGGAAAGAAAACGAAAAAAAAAUUACCUGUUUUCCGCGUAAAGUUUAUUUUUGGUUACUAAAGUGACACCUGGAAAUCGGGGUGUUACAUUGAGAAACCACUUGAAACAUAAGUAGAAACCACUUACA